CUUUCGGAAGUACCUCAGAAGAAAAUUCGACUUGCCCGACUGCCGGCAAAUCCAAACUUGAUAAUUUCUCGCUUAUCAAAAUACAUUUAAAACGCUCGUUCUAGUUCCUUGUAUAAAAUCGUGUAGAUAUCAGAUACGAAAUUAGCUAGGCGCUUAGUUUCUAGAGUCACUUGUUACAGCUCAUUGCGACGAAAUUAUUGAUUGCUUUGCAAGUGGCUACUGCUCGCCGGACGAAACGGUUUAUUAGACAGUCGCUGCUCUGUGAUAUUUUCCCAUUUCCACAUGUUCAAUCGUGACAGAGAUCAGAGCAGAGGUCGUCGAGGAGGUGGCAGAGGAAAUGGUCGAGGUGGUAGUGAUGGAAGUCACGGAAACGGAAGUGGAAGAUUCAGUAGUAGGGGCGGAAGUAGUAUCGGUGGAAAUGGAGGCGGCAGUGGACGUGGUGGUUUAAAGGGUAAACAACCUGGUGGUGCUCUAAGAAAAUUAAACUGGGAUAUUCGUUCCUUAGAACCAUUGCGAAAAGACUUUUACGUAGAACAUCCGGCUGUUAGAAACCGAUCACCGGAGGAGGUCAGUAAAUUUCGACAGGAUGCUGAAAUCACUGUUAAGGGAGACGAUGUACCUAAUCCUAUUCAAUACUUUGAAGAAGGGAAUUUUCCAUCUUACGUAAUGGAAGGUAUAAGAAGACAAGGAUAUGCUCAGCCUACGGCUAUUCAAGCUCAGGGAUGGCCUAUAGCACUAAGUGGAAAAGACCUUGUCGCUAUUGCUCAGACUGGUUCUGGAAAAACUUUAGGAUACAUUCUACCAGCCAUUGUCCACAUCAUACAUCAACCACGUAUAACCACUGGUGAUGGUCCUAUUGCCCUUAUCCUAGCCCCAACUCGUGAGCUAGCUCAGCAAAUUCAAGAAGUAGCCAACUGUUUUGGUGAAUCAGCAGCUGUAAGGAACACCUGCAUAUUUGGUGGUGCACCAAAGGGUCCACAAGCACAUGAUUUAGAGAGAGGAAUAGAAAUUUGCAUCGCCACACCAGGUCGUCUCAUUGAUUUCCUAGAACGUGGUACCACCAGUCUACGCAGAUGCACAUAUCUCGUGCUGGACGAAGCUGACAGAAUGUUAGACAUGGGAUUCGAGCCACAAAUAAGAAAAAUAAUAGAACAGAUUCGACCUGAUCGUCAAGUUCUAAUGUGGUCUGCGACAUGGCCAAAGGAAGUGCGAGCAUUGGCUGAAGAUUUUUUAACAAAUUAUACUCACUUGAAUAUUGGUUCUUUGACCCUUUCCGCCAAUCACAAUAUCAUCCAGAUCGUGGAUGUUUGUCAGGAAUUCGAAAAGGAUCUCAAGCUGUACAGGCUGCUUCAAGAGAUAGGCACCGAAAAGGAGAAUAAGACAAUCAUAUUUGUGGAAACAAAGCGCAAAGUUGACGACAUCACGAGAAACAUUAGGCGUGACGGUUGGCAAGCAUUAAGUAUCCAUGGCGACAAGAAUCAGCAAGAGAGAGAUCAUGUGUUACAAGAAUUCCGAAGUGGACGCGCUCCAAUACUGGUAGCUACGGACGUAGCCGCACGUGGUUUGGAUGUGGAUGACGUUAAAUAUGUGAUAAAUUUCGAUUAUCCCUCAUCGUCCGAGGACUAUAUACAUCGUAUUGGACGUACUGGCAGGAGACGACAAACCGGAACAGCUUAUGCUUUUUUCACGAGUCACAAUAUGAAACACGCCGGCGAUCUGAUUGAGGUCUUGCGUGAAGCAGGACAAAACAUCAAUCCGCGACUGAGUGAAAUGGCUGAGAUGGCAAAGUCAAGCAGUUUUGGAGGUAGAAGUGGCAAGAGAUUUGGAGGACCAUCCGGAGGAUCCGACAGAGGUGGAGGAAGACGCGGUGGCAGUGGAGAAGGCAGAGGACGUGGUGGCGGAAGUUCCUCCAGAGGACGAGGAGGUAGUAGUGGUACUCGUGGUGGAGGAUCUUACCAAUCUUCAUCGGCCGGCUAUACCACAUCUGAGUACAAUUACUCGACUGGGAAACCGUCUAAUCAAAUAAGUUCAAGCUAUGGCUAUAGCACUCAAAGGGAUUAUGGACAGGGUAAUAUGCCGCAGAAUUAUGGCGGCGGUGAUAAUUAUGGGAAUAGCUAUCAGUACAGAGGUUCCGCGUAUUAAAAUACGGGAGGAAUUUACAAGUGGGUUAAAAUGAUAAUGACUAUCAAAAUAGUAUGGGCAUGGAGAAACCAUGGGAUCUCAUAGACUGAUGUAUUUGUCGUUUGUAAUGACGAGUAAUUGUAAUGGUAAUGACUUAAUACUUUUUAGGCACGAUCGCAUGUCUUUCUCCGAAGAGAAAAAAUGGGGAAAUUAUUGAUACAUUAAUUAUAAUAGGGCUAAAAAUUGAUAGGUGCGUAAGCGGUAAUGUUUUGGAGUAACUAAAAAAAAAGCAAGGCUGUAUGAAAACUUGACAAAAAAUUCUUGGUCGUGGAUCAACGAUCGUAUAUGGGUGCUGUGGUCAAGGACACUAUUCAAAUUCGAUUAUAAUAUAAAUUUGCCAUUACUUUUUUUUUCUUUGUACUUAAAUUUUUAUUAAUCGAAGUGAUAAGACAAGACUGGGUGUACUUAUUGAUAAUUUAUCUUAGCGUUGUGUUAAGCUUGUGUGCAAAAUUAUAUGCACACUGAAGGAUCGUGCUUAAAAAGUUUAUUUUUUUGAUGUACUGAGUAUGACUGUGCUGGCACACAAGUAAUCACAUACUGUGCUCACUCAGUAUUAUUCUCGUUUCUAUGUGCUAAAACAGAGAAGCAUCAAAGCCUAAGAAGAAGUGCGUAAUAGUUAUUGAAAUCAAGAGUGACUGAUGUACUGACUCGAUUAAUGAGUCCUAAAAAAAUGGGCUAGGCAUCAAAUUGUCGUAAUUUCUUUAUAGCAUAUCGUUGUAGUGCAACAAAUGAGGUUUUACGUUCCUUUUAAAACUAUGUUACAUAAAACAAUAAUUUAUAAGUUCCAUAGCGAUAUUGUAAUUUAAGGACCUGGUUGCUCGAACCAGAUUCUGAGGCUCUUCGAAGAAUCUGCGAAAGUAUAAUCACGAUGGUGAUAAGUAACAUUGAUAGAUAUGAGAAUUAAUGCGAUUAUCUUCAGACGAAUUUACACGUACAUAAGUUAUUUGUGAAAACACUAUUAGUAUCCUAUGGAUUUGACUUACUAGGACUAUUUUCUGUGAUCUCGUGUAUAAGAAAAGCUAUGAUUAUUAAUAAUUAUUAUCUCGCGUUAAAUUGUCAUUCAAAGAAAUCAUUAAUAAAAGUUUUUCUUUUUCGUUCUCUUAA